AUGGUCUGCAUUGAUUGGCGCUUAUUGAUUUUCAGGAAGGGCCUCUAUGUGCACAUCAUCUUAAGCGACACCCGCUUCGGCGUUGGCCUGGGACCACUGGCUGAGCUGCUGCUGACCUUGGGCGAGGUCCUUGACAUGCUCCGUACUCCGACGGUGCGUCGCUUUCAGAUGCAGCCCUUUGCUGUUGACCAAUCUAAAGUCGUCGUCCGUCCUCCAGUGAUACUUGUGGCUCAGUUUGGCGGAUUGAGACCCAGCUUCCAGCGCUGGAUACAUGUUAUCCGUGCAGAGAGCUUGCCAGAGGAAGCAUUCUUUGUUGAAGUAGAGCUCCUGGCCAAUGAGGGACAUGGCUGUGUCUUAGUCGCCGGGAGAUCUGAUAUUCAAAGUGGUCCAGAUCCUAUUUUCCACAACUCCAUUUGCUUGGACUGGGACGACGAGACCGACAUGGCCAUCAACUGCAAGGUGAUCCGCUCCAGCAUGGGCUUCAACGAGGAAAUCUUUGCUGAGCUCAGAGAAACGAUGCCACAGGCCUAG